UAUCAAAAUCUUGAGCAAAUCUCUUACCUCCUCUCUCUCUCUCUCUCUCUCUCUCUCUCUCAGCAGAACCAGCGGUGGGCUAACAUGUGGUCUUCAUGGCGAGCUGGUUCACACCCACUGUUCUCUUCUGCGCCUUGAACCUCAUUAUCGACACUAUCUUCGUCACCUCAAACCUCAUAACUCACAACAAACCACCAGCUGAGAUUGAUCAACACAACCCAUAUCGUACCAGACUAUAUCGAACUAUAUUGCUCAUGUAUCGGAUUCAGGCCGAUACGUAUUGUGAAUUGGCCGCUACGGACGCAAAAUUCAUUCUUACCGGUAUACCGGUGAGUAUCCGACUCGGCACUCCAAUAUUCCGGUGCUUUGCUCGAUUAUUUUUGUUUUUGCAGGUUGAUACGUAUCGGGAAUCAACCGCUACGGAUGCAAAUUUCAUUCUCACCUGUAUACCGGCCCAUAUCCGACUCGGCACACCAAUUUUUCGGUAUGAACCGGCUGGUACGGUACGUACCGGCCGAUAUUUAGAACCUUGGUCCGUCAACUUCUCUUUAUAUAGAUCCGAACAUGCCGACCCAUUACAGCCCCAGACUGACCACGCCGACCUACAUCCUCACGAGGAAGCUCACGAUCACGAUCAGCACUUGAAGAGAAGCAUGUCUGACAAGACCGUCGAGGCUUCUCCGGCGAAUAUGAAAAAGUCGGCGAGCGAGAAGUUGAGGGUUGGAGAGGACGAGGAAGGGGUUGAUGCGAAGGCAGAUGACUUCAUCAACAGGUUUAAGCAACAGUUGAAGUUGCAGAGGCUUGAUUCGAUUCUGAGGUACAAAGAGAUGUUGAGUAGAGGGUCAGGCAAAUGA